AGAUUAAUUAGAAAAUCCAACUUGAUGAUUAUCUCAUUAAUCAUUUAAAGAAAAAAAUAUUUUUUUUUUCUUUUGGUUCAAUCAAUUUGAUCUCUCUCUCUCUCUCAAGCGAGAGACGGAGGGGAUAGUCAGAAGAAGCGUUUUUUGAUUGAAUGGGUUUAAUCGUGGAUGAUGAUAACGACGGCGAGGUAUUGAUUCCGCCGCCGAACUUUUCGAUGGUGGAAGACGGCAUUUACCGAUCUGGGUUUCCUCAGCUUGAGAAUUUCGGAUUCUUAUCAACCCUUAACCUUCGAUCCAUCAUUUUUCUGUGUCCUGAACCAUACCCUGAGGAUAAUCUCAAGUCUCUUCAUUCCAACAACAUCAAGCUUUUCCAGUUUGGCAUCGAGGGCAAAACUGAUCCACCAACUCCUAUGCCAAAGGAUACGGUCUUGAAUGCUCUUAGAGUGCUUGUUGAUGUUAGAAAUCAUCCAAUUCUCAUCCACUGUAAGCGCGGAAAGCAUAGGACUGGUUGUCUUGUUGGAUGCUUGAGGAAAGUGCAAAACUGGUGUUUAUCAUCGGUUCUUGAGGAAUACCAGAAGUGCGCGGGUUUGAAGUGGAGACAAAGAGACUUGAGGUUCAUAGAGGAUUUUGAGGUGCUCAGGUUGAAGCAAUGUCUAUACAGCAUUAUCUAUCAGUACAAUGGUUAUGGUCUCAAGAGAAGAAAGUUGCUGUAUCAAGAAGAGAAUGUUGUCCAAGAACAGCAAAAACCUCAAGCCACCAAAGGCUGAUAUCGGAUUCUGUUUUUCCCUCCUUUUCUUUGGAUUUUAAUUCUUUACAUGUCUUGUGAUGAUGAUGAUGAUUCUUUUGAGUUUAGGGUAGUUUUUAAAAAAAAACUUGAGAAAACGGAUGACUUGAUUUGGUCUCUCUCUCUCUUUCUUUUUUACAGUUAGAGAAACUUACAGAUUGGUU